AUGAAACAGACUUUAAGCGAACUCAUGAGGAUGAGCAGGAUAUGCCGGAUGGUACUCGCCACUUGUUUGGGAUCCUUUAUUCUGGUCAUCUUUUAUUUCCAAAGUAUGUUCCAACCAGUCAUGCGCCGGAAUCCCUUUGUGGCAGAAGGCUGCUGCGGAAAAGGCACCCGUAGCGCCCUUCGGGAACUCUACGACCCCUCCCAGCCGGAGCUGUCCGGACCGGCCGUCCUCCACCAGAGCCGACGAGACCGGGUGGCCGACGCGUGUCGGGCGAACAGCGCGUCCAGCCGAAAGCGAAGAGUCCUGACGCCCGGAGAUCUCAAACAUCUGGUGGUGGACGAGGAGCACGAGCUCCUUUACUGCUACGUCCCGAAAGUGGCCUGCACCAACUGGAAGCGGGUCAUGAUGGUGCUGACGGGUCACGGGAAAUACAGCGACCCCAUGGAAAUCCCGUCCAACGAAGCCCACGUGCCGUCCAACCUGAAGACCCUGAACCAGUACAGCAUCGCCGAGAUCAACCGGCGUCUGAAGACCUACCUAAAGUUCCUGUUUGUGCGCGAGCCCUUCGAGCGUCUGGUGUCUGCCUACCGCAACAAAUUCACCCUCAAGUACAACUCGUCCUUCCACAAGCGCUUCGGCACACGCAUCGUGAGGCGCUACCGCAAGAACGCCACGGCAGAGGCGCUGGCCAACGGCGCCGACGUCACGUUCAAGGAGUUCGCCGAGUACCUGGCCGACCCGGCCACGCGCCGCGACGGCCCGCUCAACGAGCACUGGCAGACCGUCUACCAGCUGUGCCACCCGUGCCACAUCCGCUACGACCUGGUGGGCAAGUACGAAACCCUGGAGGACGACGCUAACUACGUGCUUCGGUUAGCGGGCGAGGCGCUGCGCUUCCCCAGCUACGCCAAAUCCACCCGCACCACCGACGCCAUGACGGCUCAGUUCUUCGCCAACGUCAGCACUGAGCAGCGGCAGCGGCUCUACCAGUUGUACAAGCUGGACUUCCUCAUGUUCAACUACUCCACACCCGCCUACUUGCGGCUGGAUUAG